GGCAGCGUGGUUGGCAUCUCUGGUUGACAGGCAGCUUUUGAUUUUCAAGCGCGUUGCAACUGGUUGCAUUGUCGCCUUUGUCACGCCGCUGUGCGCGAAUCGGCGCGGGAAGACGAACGCCGUAACGUGGUCGUAACGGCCUCACGAACGACAUGCACCACAUUUAUGCGAGUAUGCCGUGCAGGUGCGAUGCAGCAGGGCGAGAAAGCCAGAAGUAAGCCGUCAGCGCCCAUGCCAGGUUUCCGAAAAUGGUGUUUUACCUCGCAUAUCCAGAUGGUAAUGUUGAUCUGGAACUCCUGUGCAACUUAUGCCACCUUAGGCUGGCCAUUAUGAUGAAGAUUGCCCGGUGUGAGGGUAACAUUGAUACUGUCCGCAGUGUUCUCGAGCAAGAGGACACUUGCCACGAGUGCCUCGUCGAAGGGAGUCGGCAGGACAGCGUUUCUCACUUUUUCCUUAGGUUGUUGCUGUGCCCAUUCAAGUCUGCCCUCAACACUGUAGUACAGGCCGAGUCAAUGCUGUUCCAGUGUCGAUUUGAGGCGCUGAACUGGGACGAGCGCAGAGCCAUCAUCGAGCGUGCCUUCUCCGAAUCUAAUGAACUGCUGAAGUGCCACGUUAGCCAGCAGUUUCGUGAUGUUCUGACGACACUGACCAGGGUUCUCGAUGCCAUGCUAAAGAACUGGCCUCGCAUCGUUGAAGCCAAACAAUUUUCUGUUAAUGUGCCAUUCGAGCAUGCCCUCUCCCUUGUGAGUGCUCGACGGGUCAUUCUGCAAGCGGGCGAUGCCGUCAUUCAAGAGCACCACCUUUCCGAGUUCCUUGCGGGCAUGUUCCAGGCAGCGUGCGAGCAAGGCACCGCACACUUCAAGAGGUCGGCUCGAUUUCGCACGCUGCACCAGGAUGAGAGGAUGGCGGAACUUCGGAAAUCUUUGAGGGCUGCUUUUGAAGCACAACGAGGAUACUUCAUGACAUGUAGCCCGCUGAAAGCCGACGAAGUGGACAGCCAGGCAGCCGUGUACUUCCCGCCGUGCAUGUCCGCAUUGUAUGCCACCUUGAAGAGGGACAGGAGACUUGCCCACGAACAUCGAUUCGUCUUUUCGCUGUUCCUGAAGGAGAUCGGGCUGGACUUGAAGGAGGCGAUUGAGUUCUGGAGUCGGCACUACGUCGAGCCUCCCGGCAAGCAGGCCACUUGCAGCCACACGUGGCAGGCAAACACGUCGCGCCUCACGUACAGUGUGCGACACAUGUACGGCCAGGAGGGCAGGCGCGUCGACUACACCGCCCACGGAUGCGCUCAAGUCCAGGACAACAGGCUCUGUCCGUUCACCACCGACAAGUUUCAGGCCAUCUAUGGAAAGGAACAGGUGGAAGAUAUGGAAGACAUUGCCCAGCUGUGCGAAAACAAGCAGUACGUAGCAGCAUGCAAGCUUCACAUGGGGAGGAUCGGAAAACAGCUCGCGUCGGAGAUGGUCUUGCAGGCGGAACCAUUUGAAAGCCGCGACGCGGAGUACCUUCAGGAACCUCUAGUUGGAAUUCACAAACCUUCACAGUUAUACUUCUACAUUAGAAAACUAACCGGACUGUCCUAAUCCUUCUUUUGUUCUAGAGCUCGUUGAAGGAAAAAUGACUUCCUUUUUUGAAAAAAAAAAAAAAAGCAAAGUGACUUCUUGGACUUAAUUUAAUUGAGACCACACACUGUGAAUGCAGAGCAUGCCUUUUCCUUUAGGUAUAUUGUCUCUGAAGUGACACAUUUUUUUCCAAAAUGGGAAUUGAAGCUUUAAUAAAAUGUUAAUAUUUUGUUUUUUCC